AUGGCAUUAAGAGCAUUUGGAAAUAAAUAUUUUUCGUCUCUCGCUUUAAGGGCUGCAGUUAUCACAAAAGUGGAUCGCAACAUGAGUAGUAGCAUUUUGCAUAAACAUGAUGGUGAUUUGAAAUAUCAUACACUAAACAUCACUACACCAAAACAAUUUGUUUACCAUGUCGAGCUUAAUCGACCCAAACAAUUAAAUGCUUUCAAUAAGGACCUGUUUGUUGAAAUUAAAAACUGUUUUGAGAGCCUUAGCACCAAUCCUGACUGCCGCGUAGUUGUUUUAUCAGGCUUAGGAAAACACUUUUCUGCAGGACUUGAUUUAGUCGAUGGUAUGAAGUUGAGUCAAGAAUUAGGUGCGGUUGAUGAUGUUGCACGCAAAGGUGCUUUGCUAGAACACACAAUUAAACUAUAUCAAGAUUCCAUAUCAUCCUUGGAAAUGUGCCCGAAGCCUAUUAUAACAGCUGUACAUUCUGGAUGCAUCGGCGCGGGAGUUGACCUUAUAACUGCUGCAGAUAUACGUUAUUGUAGUGAAGAUGCAUUUUUCUCCAUUAAAGAAGUUGACAUUGGUAUGGCCGCAGAUGUAGGUGUAUUGCAACGACUACCAAAAGUCGUGGGGAAUGAAUCAUUGGCGAGGGAACUUGCUUAUACUGCGAGACGUUUUGGCGCUGCCGAAGCGCAUAGCUUCGGUUUGGUUAGCAAAGUUUACCCUUCCAAGGAAGCUUGUGUUGAGGGUGCGUUGGAAUUGGCAGUAAUCAUCGCUGAGAAAAGCCCAGUUGCAGUGCAGGCUACAAAAACUAAUAUAAUUUACUCAAAGCCAAGACCAAAUCAGGAUGGUUUAGAUCAUAUUCGACAAACGAAUAAGUUAAACUUGCAAUCCGAAGAUUUCGCGAAUGCCGCUGUAGCAGCAUUAACCAAGGAACAACCAACAUUUUCAAAAUUGUAAAAGGCAAAGUGUUUUUAAGGAUAAAGUUUAACUAAAAAUUAAAAGAAAUU